UUAAAAGGUAAACAAAAUGGCUGUCAUCAUCCGCCACUGGAUUUCCACUGUGCGCUUGUUUCUAAUCUUAUUUGUAUCGUAUGUUGUUGGCCAAGUUUGCACAUAUUAUGGUAACUACAGGUACGCUGAGCAGCAAUCCAAUCUAUCCAACUGUACAUGGUAUCGUGACAUGGCCUGCUGUAGACGUACUGAGGUGUCCUCUGUCUUUGGCAGUAUGUUCAAGAUCCAUGGGGAAUCACGUCAGUGCAAAUCUCGACUCAACUACAUGAUGUGUUACUUCUGUAGUCCUAAUCAAGUGGACUGGUACGACUCGAAAGUGGUUAUCUGUUCUGACUUCUGUGAAGAAACCUUUGAAUUAUGCAAGGAUGCUCGGUUAGAGGAUAACUCCAUUGGAGAGAAAUUUGAGUCAGGACGUCACUUCUGUGAGGCCAAUAAUUUUGAAGUCGUUCCUGGACGAGAGAGAUGCUUCAAUUUUGAUCCCUCUGCAUUUGAUUCAGCUGUCAGUAUCCAGCCAGGCAUCGUGGGUCUCUUUGCUUGUCUGUGUAUAGCAUUGCUGAAAUUUUAGCAAUAGAGUCAAAUUUCUGUUGAUGGGAUCAAUGAUGGUCAUAUGAUUACUUAAAUACUGCUCCACUGAGGUCAAGGCCUUUCUUUCUAGAUCAUGUAAAUAAUACAUGUGAGUCUACACAACUGGGAUCUUGAAUAAGAAUAGAUGCCCAACUUCAUCUUGCAAUAAACCUGAGUGACAACAUUGUCAUUUCAGAUAAUAGAGAUUGCCCAUGUUUACAGUGGACAGAAAAAUCGUGCUGUGUUCUCGUCUUGAAAACGGAAAAUUAUAGAUACUCUUACCAUGCCAUGGACUUCUCUUAAAAUGUUGUUCAUUAUUCUUGAACAACUUCUGCACACUAGGCCCCAAUUUAUUUUUAUUUUUAAACUCUGAAAUGUUUUUGGUCAAGGCCAAAAGAAUUCUUCAGCGGUGAUGUCAAUUCAUCCAAAAUGGGAUACACAUGUACACAAAUAAGCAUAUGGAUUACUUGUCAUGCUCCCUGUUGCUUCUGUUGACUUGUUUUUUUCAAUGGAAUUAACAAAUUUAGCCUUUUGCAGUAGUUGCUUUCCAGUCAUUUUUCAGAUUUCAUUUGUGCAAUAAAAUUAGUGUAUGCAGGUAAUUACAAACUGAAGGCAAUCAACUUAAGCCAAAAGUAGCAGUUACAAAAUCUGAAUUUAAAAUCAAACUGCUGUGCGUCUGCAGUUUGUAGGUGAAGUUGUCAGUCACAACGUUAAAAAUAAGUUUGAUGUUUGGAGUAUGCAAUGUGGUUUUUAUCAUAAAUGAAUAUGAACAGGGUACAUAUUAUUAGUAAUUUAUUUAUUGUAUCGUGUGAAACUUGCCCAGAUGUAGUUUUGUCCUUAUUGAAUGUGUUUUAAUACUCGUAGUUUUAUGUCAGGGAAGUAUUUAUUCGAUAUGCUGUUGUCUAUGUUUAGAUUAGCAACCUACCGUCGUUGUAGGUGUGUCGAUUUCAAUAGCUAUAUGCAAAAGUGGAAUUUUCGAUGUAUUUUUUGGUAAGAUGUUUUUAACAGUAGAUUUCUGAAGAAUAAUUGAUGUAAGUCAAGCUUUCUGUCAAAUGGUUUGUAAUUGAGAAUUUAGAGUAGAAUCUGUACUUUCAAAAAUUUUGUAUACCAGUUUAUUUACAAGCACAACAAAUAUCACAAAGCAUGAAUUUUGCCAAUAAUUUAUGUGUUUUCUUGCGCCAAGUGUGAUCGAAGUAAUGCGAUAUGAUGUAGAUUUUGAAUGCCAAAAAAUUAGGAACUUCAUAUACGUGUAUUGUAGUUUCUAUUUUUACUCGUUUUAGGGAAUUUAACUACUGCUGCAUGGUCAAACAGCUGUAAGCAUUUUUUGCAUUAUGUUGUAGCACGGGCACCAACAGAGGGCGCUGUAGGUUAGGACAGACCAAGCACGGCUUUGGGACACGGACGUGUAUAAUAAUAAUAUCUGGACUCCAAUGCCCUUAACCAGCUUAUAGAGAUCAUUUAAUCCACUCGCGGCCAUUUUACCUAGCCGAAUACAAAGCUUCCCUGGCAAUGCCCGCCUGUGUUCUUCCUGACAUCAGUAGAUGGGAGCCAACCUACGCAUUUGUGUUCGGCUCGGUAAAAUGGCCCCUGCUUGGCUUCUUGAUACAAAGGCGUUGUCCUGGUUUUUUGUACACGUCCGUGCUUUGGGACAGAAGUAAGAGUUGCGACAAUUUCAGUUUUGGAGCCAUUUUGGUUCCAAAGACUACGUGCGUGUUGGUGCACGAAACGAUCUAUCUUCCAAGUUUGAUCCAUUGUUUGUCAUGCCACCUCAAAGCACUAUAAUUUAUAGCCAUUUUCCAGUCCAUUGGUGCAUUCCAACGCGUGCAAAAAACAUUCUGGAAGCGAAAUGACGCCUUAUACACGACCUCAUGGCUCAAACACCUCUCUGGGACCAGACACGACUUCCUCUCGUUGUUUAAAUGAAGUAGCAGUGUGAAAAGUUUAUUUCUGGUCACUGAUUUUUAUUCUAAUUGCAAUUCUAAACAAAGUGUUAUUUUAUGCUUGUACUUUUAUUCGAAUGUAAGAACAACAGGUAAGACAGGACAGGAAGUCUGAAACUCCAUCGUGCAAUAAUGUAUUUGAUUUAUUGCGUUCAGUGCUGAAGCUUUUGAGAAAUGUUAUUCACACCUGAAAUAUUGCAUUCUAGAAUUACAAAUAAAGACAGUGAUUUAAAAAAGCACAGUAGGUGAGGCUUACUGCGAUUUAUUAUUUUUGGUGAAGUUC